AUGUCACUCGCACACACCGCUGCUGAGUACAUGCUCUCGGAUGCCCUGCUGCCAGAUCGCAAAGGACCCCGCCUCAAAGGACUGCAGCUGGAACUGCCCCUGGACCGGAUGGUCAAGUUCGUAGCUGUGGGCUUCCCCUUGCUGUUGAUGUCCCUGGCAUUCGCCCAGGAGUUCACUUCUGGGUCUCCAAUCAGCUGCUUCCCUCCCAGCAACUUCAGUGUCCGCCAGGCUCUCUAUGUGGACAGUUCCUGUUGGGACUCAUUGGUUCACCAUGAACAGGAUGAAAGUGGCCAGUUCAAGACAAAAUCCCUCUGGCCACACAAGGCCCUCCCCUAUUCUCUGCUGGCUCUGGCUAUGGCCAUGUACCUGCCCGUGCUGCUGUGGCAGUAUGCAGCUGUGCCCAUUCUCAGCUCAGAUCUGCUGUUCAUCAUCAGCGAACUGGACAAGUCCUACAAUCGCGCCAUCCGCUUAGUGCAGCACAUGUUGAAGAUCCGGCAGGAGAGCUCCGAUCCUCAUGUUUUCUGGGAUGAGCUGGAAAAGGCUCGCAAAGAGCGGUACUUUGAAUUCCCCUUGCUGGAGCGAUACCUGGCAUGCAAGCAGCGCUCACAUUCACUAGUGGCAACCUACCUCCUGAGGAACUCCCUCUUGCUCCUCUUCACCUCAGCCGCCUACCUGUACCUUGGUCACUUCCACCUGGCCGUCUUCUUCCAAGAAGAAUUCAGCUGCUCUAUCAAGACAGGCCUGCUGAGUGAUGAGACUCAUGUCCCUGACCUGAUCACCUGCAGGCUAACUUCCUUGUCCAUUUUCCAGAUUGUCAGCCUCGCCAGUGUUACAGUCUACACCCUGCUGGUUCCAGUGAUAAUAUACAACCUCACACAGCUCUGUCGGUGGGACAAACGGCUCUUAUCCCUGUAUGAGAUGCUCCCAGCUUUUGAUCUCCUUAGCAAGAAAAUGCUGGGAUGCCCCAUCAAUGACCUCAAUCUGAUCCUUCUCUUCCUCCGAGCCAACAUCUCCGAGCUCAUCUCUUUUAGCUGGUUAAAUGUCUUGUGUGUAUUGAAGGACACAACAACCCAGAAGCACAAUAUUGACACAGUGGUUGAUUUCAUGACUUUACUGGCUGGUUUAGAACCCUCAAAACCAAAACACCUCACCCACCGGGCAUGUGAUGAACAACUGUAG